AUGACGAGUCAAAUGUGGGCUACAUUGAAAUCUAAACUUCGAAAUGCACUGAACCGACAGCGUCAAUUCGAAGUUGUCUUAGUGAAACCAGUUAACCCCUGCACAAAUACUGGCGACAAAAACUACAUCGAGUCCGAACAUCUGAAGAUGUUUCGAGCUAUUUGGAGCUUGAUCGAUUCGAUGGCAUUUCUGGCUGGUGUUAGUGUAACCAGAGAUGAGAGUAUCAAUACAAGAAUGGCAUUAGCAGCACUGGUGGUUUUGGUCACCUACCUGUUGCUUUUUUAUACACAGUUUGUCGUUUGGCCCAGCGUUCCAUUGUUGCUGGAAGUGUGCUGCAUAUACGGUGUAUUGAUACCGGGCUCCUUGAAGUUCCACCUAAUUUUGCGCAAUGUGACACGACUUACUCCGAUGCAUGAUUUUUUUGAGAACAUUCUCAUCGGCAAUCCAAUUGGCCGUCGAGCGGAUGAUCUUGUCAGGGAAAUGAACGAUGCCUACAAUAAAGUCAAGAUUUUUGUGAUCGUAUCUGUUCUCUGUUUCGCAAUAUUUGUACUGCACCCAUUGCAAGCGUUCGUUACCGAGGGUCGGCUGAUACCAAUUAUGCGCAUCGAAUUGCCUUUUGUGGAUCAAACAGAAAUGAGAGGAUAUCUUAUCGGAGUGGCCUUAAUGUCGUUUAUAGGCUUUCUCGGUGUCGUUGGGAACGUAGCUUUCGAUGUGACGGUAUUGACCCUUUUAAUGGAAUUCAAAUCGUUGGUAACGCUGUUGGCGCACGAUUUGGAUGAUUAUCAUGAAUUUUCAAAGGAAGUGGAAACUCACUCAACACAAUACCAGGACAGUUUUCUAAAAAAUAUUUGCAAGAAAUACAACGACAUUCACAGGUACCUGCGAUGUUUUCAAAGCACGUUCGGUAAUAUUACGUAUCAUUCCAUUUGCGUAUUGUAUGGUUCGUUAAUUUGCGCGGUUUAUGCCACAUUGACCAAUGGUUGGAUAUCUGGUUAUGGAUUUUGUCUCUUUUGCUUUAUCCAACUGUACGUCCAAUGUAUUUUGGGAACAUUUGUGCACAUUCAAAUCGACAGAAUGAGUCAAGCGUUUUAUUUGACACCGUGGCACGAGUAUCCCGUCAGAGUGCAAAAAAUCUUUUUGUUGCUAAUACAUGCAUCGACGUUCAAUGCAGUCAAAUUGCGAAUCGGACCAUACGCACCACUUGACGUGCAAACUGGAUUAAUGAUAACAAAAAGUAUCUUCUCGUACUAUACUGCCAUUAGUAGUCUAACUUAACGAGAAAAUGACGGACGAGCAAAUCAAUUUUAUGUAGAGCUUUCACUAAACGGAAAUAAAGAAAUAUUCACGCAAAAAAUAACUUAAUU